AAAAAGUGUUUAAAAUGGGAGCCGAAGUUGCUACUGGUUUAGAACGACAGUUUCUAAUCGCUGGAUGCUUGUAUAUAGGUCAGUUAAUAUUAGGCUACUCCUUAGGAUGGCCUGCUCCCGUAAUAGCUCGACUCCAGAAUCCAGAACAAACCAUAUUGGAAGCUCCUAUAACUGUUGAGCAAGCAUCCUGGAUUGUGUCAACCAGUUUUGCUGGAGUACUCACAGGUCCGUACAUUUCUGGUUACCUUUGCAAUGUGAUAGGCAGAAGGCCUUGUCUGUACAUUGGUGCCGUGUUCAUGAUUAUUGGAUAUAUAAUAAUGGCCCUAGCUAAACAUGUAGCUGUUAUAUACGUUGGAAGGGCAGUAGCUGGGUUUGGUAAUGGAAUGCUUUUCGUCAUAAACCUGGUCUACCUCGGAGAGUUGGCAUCAACAAGAAUUCGUGGGACACUCCUGACAUUAACGGGUUUCUCGAGCACCUUUGGUACCUUGGUAGUCUAUUGCAUAGGCCCAUUUGUGUCUUAUGCAGCACUGUCAUGGAUAGCGGUUGGGAUCGGAGUAGUUUACAUCAUUUUAUUAUUCUUCAUCGUCCCUGAAACUGCUGUUUUCCUUGUUAUGGCAAAUAGAAGAGACGAAGCAAUGGAACUUCUCACAUCACUAGGCAGGAAAGACGACAUAGAUGAUGUGGUGGCUAAAGCAAAUGAGAAACCAAUGUCAAACAAAGCUCAGAUGACAGAAAUGGUUACUGUAAAAUCUAAUAGAAAAGCAUUGUUCAUAAUAAUAACGUUAAAUAAACUCCAACAAUUCAGUGGGAUAAUUGCAGUUAUAUCCUUUGCUACGACCAUUUUUGAGAUGACUGGGUCUUCUAUAGAGCCCCAUGUAUCUACUAUAAUUGUCGGAGUCACACAAGUCGGCGCGGCAAGUAUUGCACCACUAUUUGUAGAUAGAACUGGGCGGAAGAUUCUAUUGUUAAUUUCUUCGGCAGCUUGUACUAUAAGUUUGAUUGCUCUUGGCGUUUACUUCUUUCUCUAUGACAAUGAUUACGCCAUCGCUGAGGAUUUGCAAUGGCUAUCAUUGGUAUCAGUCGUGCUGUAUUUUAUCGCUUAUUUCAGUGGUUUUGGCAUUAUCCCCAACACAUUCAUUGGAGAAAUGUUCACUGAUAACUGCAGAGGUUUCAGUUCCACAUUCACUGUUAGCAUUGGUUGGGUUUUCGGAUUUGGAGUAUCGGCUGCAUUUGGCUACAUGUUACCUGCUUGGGGACCAGCUGUAACCUUCUGGAUAUUUGCAGCAGCUUGUGCCUUAGCCUUCUUGUUUAGUGCUAUAUUUGUACCAGAGACCAAAGGAAAGAGCUUGUUGGAAAUUCAAGAGAUCUUAAGCAGAUGAUAGGCUGUGAUAUAUAAU